GGGCGCGGCUUGUCCAGACGUUUUCUGUCCCGCUGACGACAAUCAUGUCGCCAAAGUUUAUAUUUCUCCUAGGAUGCCUAACUCUACUUGCCGUUACGGUGAGAGCGCAAGAUGAUGAGGGAGAGGAUGGAGCUGGUGCUAAUGCUGAGGAACUCUGCCAGGACAGACCUGGUGAUGAGUAUUUCCGUCUCAGUGUCGAUGGAGAUUGCAGGGAUGUCGUGAGAUGCGACAAAGCGACUGAGAUCGGUGUAACCCGAUUGGCAUCUGUCAAGUGUCCAACUGGUUUGGCAUUUGACAUCGAGAGACAGACCUGCGAUUGGAAGACAAACGUGAAGAAUUGCGAACAGCUUGAGAAACCCCGUAAGGUACUCCCUAUUCUCAAGACAGACGAGCCCAUCUGUCCCGAGGGUAAAUUAUCCUGCGGCAAUGGUGACUGUAUCGAGAAGGAGCUCUUCUGUAACGGAAAGCCCGACUGCAAAGACGAGUCCGAUGAGAACGCCUGCACGGUGGAGACGGACCCAAAUCGUGCACCAGAUUGCGAUCCAACGCAGUGCGUUCUGCCGGAUUGCUACUGUUCAGCCGAUGGAACCCGAAUUCCGGGUAAUAUCGAGCCAUCCCAGGUUCCCCAGAUGAUCACAAUUACCUUCAAUGGUGCAGUGAAUGUGGACAACAUCGACCUGUACGAGGAGAUAUUUAACGGUCAACGAGCAAAUCCAAAUGGCUGUCAAAUUCGCGGAACAUUCUUCGUGUCCCACAAGUACACAAAUUAUUCAGCUGUCCAGGAUUUGCACAGAAAGGGCCACGAGAUCGGUGUCUUCUCUCUUACCCACAAGGACGAUCCCCAGUACUGGACCCAGGGUACUUACGACGAUUGGCUAGCAGAGAUGGCUGGGGCGAGACUUAUAAUUGAAAGAUUCGCAAAUAUCACGGAUGGUUCGAUAAUUGGAAUGAGAGCACCUUACCUCAGGGUGGGAGGUAAUAAACAAUUUGAGAUGAUGUCUGAUCAGUUCUUCGUGUAUGAUGCCUCGAUCACAGCCUCACUGGGGCGGGUUCCCAUCUGGCCGUACACUUUGUACUUCAGAAUGCCCCACAAGUGUAAUGGCAAUGGUGGAAAUUGUCCCUCGAGGUCGCAUCCUGUCUGGGAGAUGGUUAUGAAUGAGCUCGAUCGUCGUGAUGAUCCCACAUUCGAUGAGUCACUACCUGGUUGUCAUAUGGUUGACUCGUGCUCUAAUGUACAGACUGGGGAGCAAUUUGGCCGACUUCUCAGGCACAAUUUUAAUAGGCACUUCAAUAGCAACAGGGCACCCCUCGGUCUUCACUUCCACGCGUCCUGGCUCAAGAGUAAGAAGGAGUACAGGGAUGAACUCAUCAAGUUCAUCGAUGAAAUGACUCUCAGGGGGGAUGUAUACUUUGUCACUAUGGUUCAGGUCAUCAAGUGGAUGCAGACACCUACCGAAUUGUCCGGACUCAGGGAUUUCCAGGACUGGAAGGAAACGUGCGAUGAGAAGGGACAGCCGUACUGCUCUUUACCCAAUGCCUGUCCGCUUACCACUCGGGAAUUACCUGGUGAAACUCUACGGCUUUUCACCUGCAUGGAGUGCCCCAAUAAUUAUCCAUGGUUGCUCGAUCCCACUGGGGAUGGUUUCACUGUUAAGAAGUGAGAGGGCUGAGGGUGCGAAGGCAUGGGGAUGUGGGAGUGAAAAAAAAUUUGUCUUCCGGGAAAAAUUCUACUGCUUCUAGGAAUUAUUCUAAAAUUUCAUUCAUUCAAAUCAAGUGAUUUUUUUUUCACUUUUUUUUUAAUUAAAUUCACGGAAAUUUCCAUUAUCUCCGGGGACAUCUGGUAAUUAUUCAUUUCCAAGGCGAUUAAAUUGAAAAGUUAAUUUGAGUGGAAAAUUUAAUAGUCCCUGCACGAUUAAGAGUAAUUUCUGGAAUCUGGAAUAUUUUUUCCUUUAAUUCAUUGAAUGAAUUGAAAAAUUACGUAUUAAUUAAUUUUGAUAAGAAAAUAUUUCUUGUGCCUUCGAUAUUGAAUCCAGAUUCGGUAAUGCCCUCGUUGCGAGUACCGGAUGAUUUUCACUUGUAAAUAUCCACCGAAAAAAAAUAACGAAUAUUGAAAUUAUUGUUUACAUGGUACUGAGGCGCGUGAUCUCGACAACAACUCGACUUUCUCUGGUUUUGAGGUACUGGGUAAAUGGAAGGGAGAGAUUCUGAGAAAGUCCAUGGGGUCACCAGUGAUAUCUCCCCAGCGUGUGGAUCGAAUGUGAAAUUAGUUGGAGAGAUUAAUGAUUGAAAUUGCGAGAUCGAUUCAACGAUGGGGAUAUUAGAAUGAAUUCGCUCGAUGAAAAUUGUAUGUACCCGUUCUAAUUAUUUAAGAUAUAAGCAGUGUAUUAAUUUUAAUGAAGAGCUUAAACUAUUUCUCAAUACAUAAAGAAUGUGAAAAUUUU